UUGCCGUGAAUGGCGAUCCGAACGUCGAAGCGGUCGAGGUGCAUUUAAGAUUUCUGACGUAUGCGCGCGCGUGUGUGUAUGUGUGUGCAUUCGCAAUAACUCACGAAUCGAGGCGCACGGUAAAACAAUGCAGGUUGGCGAAACAUUUGGUAGCGUAUUAAACGCAAAGUCGAUAGUCGUUCCUAUCGAAGCGGGGCAAAGAGAGUCGGCCGUGCGAUCAGUCAUACGGCUGAGUUCUCUCGGAUCGACUGACGGUGUAUAUCGCUGCUUGACAGCUGGGAGCGGUGACAGCGCUUAGACGGUAUCGCUCAUCACGUCCGUUGCGGAAAUGACGUCGACAUUGACUUCCGGAGAUGACGACAACGCCAAGAUCCGACGGUCGAAUCAGCACGUCGCUGCGCUCGUAGCUUCCCUCGGUGGCUUCAGCCUCGGCAUCACGCUCGGUUGGAACUCCAGCGCCGGCAAGGUCCUGCGAGACAUCCUGGACGCGAGCGGCACCGAGAUCGGCCUGGUCGGCGGCAUCCUGAACGCUGGCGCCUGCGUCGGCGUGGCGCUCGCUCCUUUCCUUACCAAGUAUCUCAGCCGCGUUGCAACCCUGCUCUUGACCACGCUGGGAUUUAUCGUCGGGUGGUCAUUUAUCUGCCUCGCAGGCCAGAAAGUCUUACUGCUCAUAAUCGGCCGCUUUGUUUGCGGCGCGAGCGGUGGCGCGUUCUGCGUCCUGACGCCGCUCUACAUCGGGGAAAUCGCAGACCAGAACUCGCGGGAUCGUCUUCUUAUGUAUUUCCAUCUGCUGAUCGACUGCGGCAUCAUGUACGCCUUCGUGAUCGCUCACGUGUUGGAUGAAGAGGACGCUGUAUGGAGGUACAGUCUCACCUGCGCCGUGACGUGCCUCAUGAUCCCGCUGAUAAAUCUACUACCCGAGAGUCCCCUCCGCUACCUCGCGAGGAACGACGAGACGAAUGCGAGGAUUUCUCUAAAAUGGUUUCGCGGCCACGCUUACAAGAUUGACGCUGAGAUGGAGGAGCUGAAACGUCUCUCUCUCGCGGUCCGCUCGGGCAAGGUGCAAUAUAUGGUGGAAAAGCUGCGGAACGACAACAUGACGAUGACGACACCGAAAAUCACGAGAGAGGUCCUGUGGAACUGGCGCGUCGCUCGGUCCUUCCUCGCGUGCCUGUUCGCGUUCCUCACGCAGCAACUAGGCGGCGUCAACAUCAUGCUCUUCUACUCGUUGAUACUCUUCGACUUUGGCGGUUCGGGCUACUUGACCGUGAGCGAGCAGACUGUCGUCCUUGGUGUCGUGCAAGUACUGUCCUGCCUCAUAGCAACCGGUCUGAUAGACAUACUCGGGCGCAGGAUACUACUGGUAAUAUCCUCGGCGCUUAUGGGAUUGUUCCUGAUACUAUUAGGUUGGUUCCACGAUCUGCGAGAGCGAGACCCGGAGUAUGACGAUAUCUACUACUGGAUGUCGCCGGCGUGGACGACGCUGUUCUUCGCCGCCUAUAACCUCGGCGUCGGGCCGAUCUCGUGGUCGUUGUUGGGCGACAGCUUCCCGAUGGAAGUGAGGGCCACCGCCGCCGCCUGCGCGGCCGCCUUCAACUGGCUGCUGUCUCUGAUCGCGACGAUGACCUUCGGCGAGAUGCUGGACACCCUGGGCGUGCCGAGGAGCAUGUGGCUGUUUGCCAGCUUCUGCUGGCUGGCCGGUGCCCUCUGCGCCCUCCUCGUGAAGGACACCCGCGGCCACAGCUUGGCUAAGAUACAAGAAGAAAGCCUCGGCGUCGAAGAAGGACAAGCAGUGGAAAGAGACAGCCCCGGGCGGACAUGAGGCGUCGUCAACCGGACGACGCUUCGCCGCUGCUCCUCCUCUCUCUCUCUCUCUCUCUCUCUCUCUCACAUCUCUCUCUCUCUCUCUGUCUCUUUCGUCGAUCUUGAGGGACGAGCCGCGUGCGGUAAGACGAAUGUCUUCAAACACGACGGCCGAUACGGCGGCCCGCUGGCGAUGAUUUAAUAGGCCCUAGAUCAUUCUAGGCCCGCGCUUCGAAUCGGUCCUCCCCCCUCCCCUCGGCCAUUUUAUCUCGCGUUCGGACGUAAUCUGCCGCGCGCCGGAGCUGUCGGAAGGGGUCCACGGCGCGAGCCGAAAAUUACGACCUCGUAAAUCAUGCGAAUAAACGCGCGGCCGUGUUCCGCAACGACGCGAGUUCGCAGCGCGUGCCGCCGCGGCCGCGGCGGGCGAGUGACGAACCGUGAAACACCGUUCCUCGAAUCCGACGAAUCGGUGGAUUCGACCGGCAGCAGGACGACGUCGCGAACGUUGACACACGUCACCCGGGCGUUCGAUAAAUGCGUCGAUCUCGCUAUAAGUCACCGAACGAAAAUACGACGAUCCAGCGGGCGAGCGUAUUACCUCAUUCCGCAAUCGCGAUAUUGAACGCGGUGGCGUCCGCGUCAGCUGGCGCCGCGCCAGAGAAGCGGAGAUCCGCCCGUCGUAUUUUGUUUCGGGCUGAAAUAUCGCUAACAGAUGUAGCAGCGCGCGACGAUUUCGUCUCGUUCGGUCUCUUGACAAAAAUAACAGGAUGGCCGCGAUGGCUGUCGCGGCCGAGAUCGAAGGGUAAUUUAAGGAGUCUGCUGAUGGCCGGACACGGCCAGCGCUUCGAGCAAACUCCUCGGAUUGCAACGCGAGCAAUCAGCCUCGGCGAAUCCCCAGCCCGGUGAAUCGCGAGUCAGGCCAACAGCUAGAAAGCCACUCGCGUAAUUACCACUCGAGUACUUUGCAAUCGGCAUUUUCCCUUCGCUCCGCGCUGCGCGCUGCGGAUGCAAUCUGAGCUGCUCGCUGUGAGAAAGGUGACAUUGUUAAUCCCUCACAAAGGAAUAAUCAGUAUGUAUGGCUACGAAGUGUGUAUUCGGAAGGAAACGCGUUAACACUGCGUCGGAAAUGGCGGCUAUUUUCCCAUUCGAAAUCUAGGUCAACCCGCUGCAAAGCGCGCGCGCGCGCGCGAGAAGACGUACAACAGCCGAAGCGCUUCCGAGUGAAAAUUAAAAACGCGCUGAAAAAUACAGCUUCCGCGGAAUUCUCGCUCGGAGGAGACCCGCUGCGAGUGCGCCGUGCAGAGGAGCACACCACUUGGCGCGUUGCAAACGCGAGAUGACGACGAGAAAAGCAGUGCGUGCGCUUCCACGACGGAAAUGGCAGGCACGGAAUUCUGCACGAGGCGUUACGCUACCUGUGUGACACAAAAUUGCGCAUGCGCGCGGCGUAACCAAAGGGGAGAAGUCACCUCCGCUCUUGACACGGAAAAUCCCGCUUAGACUUUCUUCCGCACACAGUUUUGCCUCGAGAGCACUCUAUCUGCGGCGGUGUGCACAGGUGCACUCAUCCGGCGGGCAGAUCGAGAGCGCAUUUUUCAGAGGUCAAAGGGUGCGCCAAUUUUGCCCUUUACGGCGGGAUUUGGGAAUCGCAUUUAGCGCGCGACUCAAGCAACGAGAGACCUUUCGUCGCGGGACGCGACCCGCCGGAUGAGGAUUCUCGCCGCGCGUUACUAUUCGCAGGAUUUCUACGCUCUGCUUUGAUCCUGUCGAUAUUUCAGCAUAACGUCGAAAUCGCAGGAUAAUAAGCAUACUUCGCGCGGCGAAGUCGUCGAAAUUGGGACGUGGCUUCCACGAACCACCGCGCCAGUUUCAUUGAAAAAUCAAGUCAACACGCGCGGUACUGUGUGUGCGAUGCCGAACUUUGAGUUGGCUAAUUAAGCGCGUUAACCGCCCGGCAAGUCCUUUAUGUCCCGCAUUUGAUGUCGCGAUUCGUGUGCACGUCACAACAUUUUGAAAAUUCGACGCAAUUUUUAUCGACGCGAACAUGUAUGACGAUAAAACGUCAGCUGGUACAAUUCGAUUAAAUUGUGCGACUGGACUAAAAAAUAUCACCACUGUUUUUCACGCGCGGCAAAUUUGUUUCAUCGUCGUGUUACCGCCGAUCCUUAUAACGCCAUUUAAAGGCUAAAUACCAGCAUGACAUGUUGCCGACGUGUUGAUGCGCUUUUCGAUAAAAUGACUUUAAAAGUCGCAAUUUGCGCCGACUUUCGUACGUCACGCCGGAUGAUGAAGGUUUUCUCGUAAUUUCUUUUGCUUACAUCCAAAAAAAGUAUUCUAUUUGUAAAGUGAUUUUUCCCACAGUCGCAUAUUCUAAGCGAAGCCUUUUGCAGAAAAAGGAUUUCUCCUUCGAUAAAGAGAUUAAAG